AUGGAUUAUUUCUCAGUAAUUAUGAGUCGUCAGCUCGGUAAGAAGCUAAUACAGUGGAUAGCUACCAGGACGAUGUGCACUACAGAGGAACUUGUGAAAAGUUUGACGGUUCCAUUGAAAGAACAUGAGGAGCCACUCAAAGUUUUGAAACCGGAUGAGAAGAGGAAUGCGGUUCUACUGAGAAUGAGAGAGAUUGAACAGAUGAAAGGACCAUUCUUCGAUAUGUUUAUGAGAGAACAUACUUACUUAAGGAUCUCACUAACAGAAAAAUGUAACUUCAGAUGCUUGUACUGCAUGCCUGCUGAAGGUGUUCCACUGAAGCCAAAAGACAAGAUGCUAACAAAUGAAGAAGUACUAAAGUUAGUCAAACUAUUCGCCAGCCAUGGAAUUGACAAGAUCAGACUAACAGGUGGAGAGCCAACUAUUCGAAAGGACAUUGUGCAAAUUGUUGAAGGAAUCGCUUCCACAUGCUCUCAAAUUUUACAUGCUCUCAAAUUUUCACGUAAUUAA